UGACGUUUGUUGUCAUGAAGCGAGCGGGGAGAUAUGAAUUUUUAUUUGUUUUAUUUAUAUUUACGACAAAUUCUUAAAUAAAUAAUAAAUAAAUCACUAAAAUACCUCAACAACAAGUGGAUAAUUGAUAUGUUUAAUAAGUAUGAGUUCUGGAUAAUAAAAAUAUUACGGUCAAGAAACAAAUAAUCAUCAACCUCUUCAUUAUGAGACAAGCCAAGUUGUUCUUCAUUUGGACUUAUGCCCUGUUGGGGAUGAUGGCAAGGCGGAGAUGUCUGCUACUGACAUUCCUCAUUGGAGCAUCCCUACUGGGGCUGAUGAUGAAGUGGGGCCUCCUCUGUUCCAGCUGGCAACCGCAGCUCCAUAUACAAAAAGUGUGCCAAGAUGUUGCAAGCGGUGUGUCCAUUGGUAACCUGUGUCCAGCACUGUGCCAGCAUGGCUUGGUUUCAUCCAUCUCCUGUCACAACUUCUAUAUGGGGAAGGAGGCAGUCUUCUCCGCGAUAUGGGACAGCAGCAGUGUAGUAUUCAAAUCACCUAGAAAGACAUUAAUUGAAACAGAUGAUCUCACACAAUGGCUCAAUAAUAACAGUAAAGAAGUUCCAUCUGAGGAUGAGUUUUCACAAAUGAUCAGGACCAAUAUAAAGAUCAAAUUUAAUAUGACCAUUGAUGAUUUAGAUGCUAAGAAGCUAUCAUACUUUAAGUUUAAAAAUAGUAUUUACUGGCGUCGCACUGAAAUGGCAAAUAUUUGGUCACUUCUUCAAGACAAUGAGUAUCUCGCUAUGACUUUAUAUGAAAAGUAUGAUGUUUUCCCGAAACUAGUUGGCUCCUGUGGCUCCAUGUUUGCAGUGCAACAUCUCAAAUCAAUAUCAGGGUUUUGGCACCUCAUCACUCUUUAUGACAGCAAGGAAGAGUGGAGGAACAGAAUUAAAAUAGCACUGAAAAUAAUGGAAUUGUUAAAUACAUUAGAAAAACUCCCACCAGACGCCUUACACAUAUGCGAUGUGAAAAUGAGUCACUUUGGCAUAACAGAUGACAUGAAGAGAGCGAAAUACUUGGAUCUGGAUUCCGUCCACCCUAAAAGUGUUGUGAAUAAAAUAACCGGUGACGGGUCAGCAUGUAAGCAGCACAGUGACUGUGACUUUUUCGAUUGCCGUUCGUUCUGCAACCUGGUGUCGUCGCGGUGCGAGUUUGGCGUGGUGAACAACAACAUGCAGGUGGUGUGUGAGAAGAUCUUCCUGGGCUGGGUGUCGCCGGGGCGGCUGGUGGUGCCGGGGCUGCUGCUGGGGUCGCACACGCCGCUCGCGCUGGUCUCGUUGCUCGAGUCUUGCGCCAACCCCGCGGCCGAGCCCGGCGCCCCGCGCGCCGCCGCCCCGCCGCAACUAGCCAAGAGGUUGUACAGCAUUCUCCUGCAGCUCAGCCUGCCCGAUUAGGAUAUUCAAAUGAUAUUACUUGUUAAGAUAACGAGCACCAUUUUACUACUGUGAUAUUUUUCGCUUACGAUUUUAUUGAUGCCAUAGUCAUUAGAGUUAGGUAUUGUUGGACCAUUGAAACUUAAUAGAUUUAGUACAAUUUUAGCUCUUAAUUAGUGCUGUGAGCACUUAAAACAUAUUAUUAGUACUUAGGUAGUAUAGUAGUGGUAUUGAUCGAAACGCAAUGAUAAACGCAUUCUGAUUCAUGAUGGUUGUGGUUAUAUCAUAUUAUGAAGGUAUUGUGAAAAGCCGAGCCAAGAGAGGAAAAUGUUUUGCCCUAAUUUAGGAAGUUUGGAUCUCAUAGUAGAUUAUAGUUAGCUAAAUAAGGAUGACGAUUUGUAUCCACGACCAAUGGCUUCCCGGCCGAUCAAUGGCCGUCUGUUAUAUGUGUAAAAUGCGUAAAAUGGCGAAUAUUGUUGGUGUAAAAGUCAGUUCUUCCACUUAGGUAAGCUUAAGUACCAACGAAUCGCUGUUAAGAGAGGUUAAGACCGAUUUCGCGAAAAGAUUCUUCAUAUUAUGAAAAGUUACUUAGUGUGUGGUCUAUUUUACAUGUAGGUAUUAUUCUUCUUCUUAAGUCCUUUAACUCCUAGUGGAGCAUAGGGCCGCCACUACAGAUUUUCACUACUGACGAUCAGAGGCAGCAGCCACAAUUUCUGGCCAGCUCAUGUUGAUCGACUUGAUCUCCUGGGCUAAUGUCCUAUUCAAUGUAUUAUUCAACCAGUAUUAUUUUAUUAUGCAUGGCAAGAUCUUAAACAUACCUCUAUUUGCUAUAGGGAUUUAUUAAUUAAUAUUAUUUAUGAUGCGUAAAAUUCGAACAAUUCGUUCCUUUUAUAAUAGCUUUACUUAAGGACACCCUCUACUAACAUAAAUGCACUUCAGUAUUACGAGAACUAUUAAGUAUAUUCGUACAUCUAAUAUGAACUCUUCCGAAGUAGAUAACUAGUUAGUCGAAUCCUAAUCUUGUAGUACUUACUUACUUAAAAAUCUUAAACGCACUUAAAACUUAUCAAAUCUCAGUAGUUGGUCCUACAGUUAAAACAUGCAAUAUUUUAUCUGGAAUCCUAUAUUUUAGUUUGGUAAAUAUAGUAUUGAAUCGUUUGUUUAGAAUACAUAUUGAUAAUAAAUAUAUUUUAUAAUAAA